UCGAUGUUUUCAAUGACACGACUGAGCGAAAGAAAGCUUCUUCGUCGUCAAAUAGAGCGAUUGUUGACGCAAGUGAUGUGAAAGAUCAUGAAGUUUUUAUCUCGGCUCUAGGGCUUAUAACCCAACGGCGAUCUUUGUCUUGUUUAUGUUCAAGAGUGGCACAAUCCUACUUCAAAAUGGCUCUGAAGCGGAAUUGGGUCCAUUUUGUAUCCGAGUCCGCUGGGUUCGAUCUCAUUUCUUCAUUGUGGCAGAUGAACCUGCUCCACGUCAUCAAUCAAAUCUUCAACUCUUUGGAUACUAGCUCGCUUCAUAGUUGCAACCAGAUCAGUGAAGAAUGGUGCCAGAUUCUGUCCCACGUGAAACUUCAGCGAGAUAAACGGGUGCGGCACAUGGCCGUCGAGAGCAAUGUCAGUUCCAUGUGCCUUCGGGACAAUGCCAUUGCACUGGGUUCUACCAGCGGGAUGGUGGUGGUUUUAGAUCGACUAAAGAUGGCGCCGCAGUUCAGCUUUCGGGCUCACAGCGAUCCUAUUACCAGUGUGUGUCUUUUGCCCAAUGGAAACACGGUCACAGGUUCGGUUCGAGGCGUGGUGCGACUGUGGAAAAGCGAAACACUGCUGAAAUCUUGGCCAUGUCAUAACGAUUGGGUCCAAGAUAUUAAGUUGAGCUCGAGUAAUGAGAUCUUGACGUGUUCUUUGGAUGGGACCCUGACCCUCAUCAGCAAUUGGUCUUCAAGGUCUUCAGCGGUCGUUCGAAAGGCCAAGCUGCCCGGCCAGGGUGAGCAGCUGAUUUGCUUGCGAGCCUUCGACAAGCAAUACCAGUUUUUGGUGGGGGGCUUGAACGGCCUUUGGUUAGUUCGGCGACGACCUCGCCAACAAACCACUCUGUUCAGCCUGCCCAUGGCUGAUUGUAUUGCCUGCGAUGUGGAUCCCCCCGGUCAACUCAUUUUGGCUGUGGGAUACAGGAGUCAAAAUUGCCUCGUUUUCUCCGCUGGAUCUCUGGAUCAAUUAGCUUCGGUCCAAUCGCAAAGCAUCAUCAUUUCCAUUGCCUUGGCAAGCUCGUCUCUUUUCCUGGCCCAGGCCAAUGGUUCAGUUCAAAGAUGGUUGUGCCCUUCGUUGGACAAUUUUGGCUCAGGUCCCACUCUGUUAGAUGCUUUCAAUUUGAGCGAUCAGAUAUCUUCGGUGGGGAUGAUCGCUCAAGACGAUUACUCUUGCUUCAUUGCCCAUUCAACGGUGCAAUUUUUCAACGGACAAAUUUCCACAGAAUCCCACCAACUCUCUCAAAUCGACUUUGGAGACGGGGUUCGUCCAACUUGUUCCUCUAUGAACAUGGAAAUCACAUCAAACGAGAAAAAAAUCCGCAGGAUUUGUCAAUGCGGUUUCGAUUUGUCCGACAUGGAUCAAACCUUCCACGUGUUCCUCGGCUGUCCGUUGUUUUCGGUCCAAAGACGCGGUCUCAUGAAACGAGUCUCGAACAUUUUGCGGGGCUUUGCCACAAGAUCCAUGGGCGAGCAAAUACAGGUUCUUCUGUACGGAUCCGAAACUUUAGAUAUCGAACAGAGUGCCAAACUACAAGCUGAGGUCCAAGCUUUUGCUCACAUGGUCAAUGAACAAGUGCCUUGAAUGCGUAAAUAAAAUGUUUAUUUAGAGGUG